GGGGGUAGGCCUCAGUCCGCGGCGCUCUCCUCAGCUCCGGCCCGGCCUGCGCCUCCCCCGCCCGGCGCUGGCAGCCCCGCUCGACCCCGGCCUCCCGAGCCGCCGCUGGCUCCGGCCGCCGCCCCUGCCGCCCCUCAGGUCCAGCCGGGACAUGCGGCUCCCCCGGCCCCGGCCCUCACGGCGCCGCGCCGGCGGCCCCAGGCUCCGCCUGGCGGGAGGCCGCAACGCUGCAGGCCCCGAGGGCUGUCCGCCGGGGCCGCGCCCGCCGCACCGGCCCCGCGGCACGGCCACACCGGGCCGGGCCUCGGGGGAAGAACGGCUGGUGCCAGGAGAGGAGCCCCGGCUUGACGGGGCUCGGGUAGGGCUCGGCAGAGCUCGGGUAGAGCUCGGCUUGGUUCGGCAAGGGCUCGGCGGCGCUCGGCAGCGUUCGGCUGGCUUGGCUAGGGCUCGGCAAAACUCGGCUGGCUCAGCAGAGCUCGGGUAGGGCUCUCGGCUGGACUCGGCUCUGCUCGGCAAGAGCUCGGCUAGGGGUCGACGGAGUUCGGCUACGGUUCGGCUCGGCGGAGCGGGGCCGCUGCUCCCCCCCGCUCCGCUCCGCCGCCCUUUGGACCCGGGGCGCGGCACCCCCAGCCCCGGGGCACGGCGGGGAGCGGGAGGCGAGCGGCGGCCGGCGCUGGGGGCGGAGGAGCAGCCGUCCCGACCCCAGGCAUGGCAGCCCCGCGGCUCACCGAAAGCACCAUCACAGUGGAAGGCCAAACCCUCUUCUACCGCGAAGCUGAGCCGGCCCAGCAGGCACCGAGGCUGCCGGUGCUGCUGCUGCACGGCAUUCGCUUCUCCUCCGACACCUGGCUUCAGCUGCAGACGCUUGCCGCGCUGGCCGAAAACGGCUACCGAGCUGUGGCUAUCGACCUGCCGGGGCUGGGCCGCUCGAAGGAUGCUGUAGCCCCAGCGCCCGUGGGUCAGCUGGCGCCGGGGGUUUUCCUGAAAGCUGUUUCGGAGGCUCUGUGCCUGGGUCCGGCCGUGGUCAUCAGCCCAUCGCUCAGCGGCAUGUACUCCCUGCCCUUCCUCUUCCAGUGCAAUCACCUGCUCAAGGCAUAUGUGCCUGUGGCACCCAUCUGCACCGAGAAAUUCACUGCGGAGCAGUACGCCCAGAUCAAAACCCCCACGCUGAUCGUGUAUGGGGACCAGGAUGUGGAGCUGGGGCGGACCAGCCUGAACAACCUGCAGCACCUCCCCAAGCACCAGGUGCUGGUGCUGCAGGGCGCUGGGCACCCCUGCUACCUCGACAAGCCCGAUGAGUGGCACCGCGGGCUCCUGGCCUUCUUGCAGCAGCUGGAGUGAGCAGGACAGGCUGUAUGGAGGGGCCCAUGGGGCAGGGGGAUGUGACCAGCCCUCCCACCCCUCCUCUUGCACACGCACCCGUGUGCCAACCCAGCCCUGCCGCACCAUGCUGGGUCCACGCCAUGCCACCACCUCCCUUGGGACCAAAUAAAGCCCUGAGCUCUGCCACCAC